CGAAUAUGCCGCAAAUGCCCUCGAACGCCGCCGGGUUGCACAGCUCCUCAGAGGCGAAGCUGGUCACUGAGUCCUAUACACACCAUGCUCCCAAACCGACCGCCCCAGGACCGUACAUAAUGGGCGUUGACGAGGCGGGGCGCGGACCUGUGCUAGGUCCAUUGGUGUACGGAGUCGCGUACUGCACAGCAGAGUUUAGGGACUCCGGCUUACAGGAACUUGGCUUUGCGGACUCUAAGACGCUUACCCCGGAAGUACGGUCUCAGCUUCUUGAGACGCUGAGCUCGAAUCCGGAGAAACUGUCCUGGUCGGUCAGAGUGUUAUGCCCGCAGGCGCUCUCUGCUGGGAUGCUGCGCAUACCACCCAUUAACCUCAAUAGACAGUCGGAGGAGGCGACCAUAUUGCUGAUCCGGGAAGUCUUACAGAAAGGAAUAGAAUUGACUGAGGUCUACGUCGACGCUCUCGGCCCUCCGGAGAAGUAUGAAAAAUACCUUUCGUCCGUGUUUCCGGGUAUCUCAAUCACCGUUCGGAACAAGGCGGAUUCGUUGUUCAAAAUCGUCGGUGCUGCAAGCGUAGCGGCCAAGGUGACGAGGGACGAAUGCCUGGAGAACUGGCUGUUUGAAGAAGGCGGUGAACCCCGACCCAUCCCACGGACGGUCCACGAAGCACCUGAAGAGACGCCCCUGGUGGAGCAUCCCAGCGAUGCCGAUCAGUCAGGUGCGCAAAAGGAUGUCGAUAUGGAAAGCACGCAAGAUCCAUGGGGAAGCGUUCUUGGGAGUGGCUAUCCCGGAGAUCCGAAGACCGUCGCAUGGAUGGACUGCUCGCUGGACCCGGUUUUUGGUUACCCUUCGGUUGCUCGAUUUUCUUGGAGCACUAUCAAAAACAGACUGGCCCAAAAGGCUCACGAAGUCAAAUGGAUGGACGAAGGUCAAGCGUCGCUCGUCAAAGCGUUUCAAAGCGCACAGGGGCGCGAUAAGGAUCGCUGCGCUGUUACCAAGGAUCUUUCGAUAUGUAGCGUCGGGGCGCUAUGACGACGCCGUGUGAUGCCUCGCCCU